CCGAAGAAAACAGCAAUCCCGCAAGCAAUCCAGUCCAUCCCCUUCCCAUCUCCCCUCCGCUCAAUUGCAGUCGCCCCAUUGCAAUUGACUCUUCCCUUCGCCAAAGAGGAUCUCACAUCCCUCGCACAUCAUGUUCCGCAACGCCCUCAGACAGUCGACGCGGGCGGCCAGCGCCCUCUCUGCCUCUGGCAGAGUCGCCCUGGCCCGAAAUGCCGCACCCGCCACCUUCGUCCGCUCCUACGCCGACGCCAAGGCCACUCCCACCGAGGUCUCCUCGAUCCUCGAGCAGAGAAUCCGUGGUGUCGCUGAGGAGUCCAGCCUCGCCGAGACUGGCCGUGUCCUCUCCGUCGGUGAUGGUAUCGCCCGUGUUCACGGCAUGGCCAACGUCCAGGCUGAGGAGCUCGUCGAGUUCGCCUCUGGCGUCAAGGGCAUGUGCAUGAACUUGGAGGCCGGCCAGGUCGGUGUCGUCUUGUUCGGUUCUGACCGUCUCGUCAAGGAGGGCGAGACCGUCAAGCGUACUGGCCAGAUUGUCGAUGUCCCUGUCGGUCCCGAGAUGCUUGGCCGUGUCGUCGAUGCUCUCGGCAACCCCAUUGACGGCAAGGGUCCCAUCAAGACCACCGAGCGUCGCCGUGCCCAGCUCAAGGCCCCCGGCAUUCUGCCCCGCGAGUCCGUCCGGGAGCCCGUCCAGACUGGUCUCAAGUCUGUCGACGCCAUGGUUCCCAUCGGCCGUGGCCAGCGUGAGCUGAUCAUUGGUGACCGUCAGACCGGCAAGACUGCCGUCGCUCUCGACGCCAUCCUCAACCAGAAGCGCUGGAACAGCGGCAGCGACGAGAAGAAGAAGCUCUACUGCAUCUACGUCGCCGUCGGCCAGAAGCGCUCCACCGUCGCUCAGCUUGUCCAGACUCUUGAGGAGAACGAUGCCCUCAAGUACUCGAUCGUCGUCGCCGCUACUGCUUCCGAGGCUGCUCCCCUGCAGUACCUUGCUCCCUUCACUGGUGCUGCCAUGGGUGAAUGGUUUCGCGAUUCGGGAAAACAUGCCCUCCUCAUCUUUGACGAUCUUUCCAAGCAGGCCGUGGCUUACCGCCAAAUGUCUCUUCUCCUCCGUCGCCCUCCCGGACGUGAGGCUUACCCUGGCGACGUCUUCUACCUCCACUCUCGUCUCCUCGAGCGUGCCGCCAAGAUGAACUCCAAGACUCACGGCGGCGGUAGCUUGACUGCUCUACCAGUGAUUGAGACCCAGGGUGGCGAUGUCUCCGCUUACAUUCCCACCAAUGUUAUUUCCAUCACGGACGGCCAAAUCUUCCUCGAGUCUGAGCUUUUCUACAAGGGUAUCCGCCCCGCCAUCAACGUCGGUCUUUCCGUCUCCCGUGUCGGUUCCGCUGCCCAGGUCAAGGCCAUGAAGCAGGUCGCCGGUUCGCUCAAGCUCUUCUUGGCCCAGUACCGUGAGGUCGCCGCUUUCGCCCAAUUCGGUUCUGAUCUCGAUGCCUCCACCAAGCAGACUUUGUCUCGUGGUGAGCGUCUCACUGAGCUCCUCAAGCAGAAGCAGUACUCGCCCAUGGCCGUCAACGAGAUGGUUCCCCUCAUCUUCGCUGGUGUCAACGGUUACCUCGACAAGGUCCCCGUCUCCAGCAUCCUCCAGUGGGAGGCUGACUUCCUCGCCCACCUGAAGACCAACGAGACUGAGCUCCUCAACACCAUUGACAAGGAGGGUGCUCUCAGCAAGGAGCUUGAGCAGAAGCUUCGCGACGUUGUCCAGUCUUUCACCAAGAGCUUCAUUGCUUAAGCAGUUACGUGCUUGUAAUUAGGAAGAUGUGAAGCUGUGCAUAGCGGCGAGCGAUGCCUGCAGUGGGCGGGGUCCUGUUUCUUUUAGAAGGCUGAGAGAGUGUCAUCGGGUGCCCAGAAAUGAGGAUAUGGGUGUGACGUCGGGGGAAAAAGAUACUCCAGAUCAGCCCUUGUAAAAUAGAGCCAAAAACUCAAGAGCACUCGAUUCCCUUUGUUUGAAUUACUCAUGGCCAAUUCGCCUAUGUGAAGUGACGAAUUAAUGCUGAGACGAUCUUGAUCGAACAUCAUACCAAUCAGAUACUUUCCUUUCACGAAAUGAGACUGAAUGUGGGCAUUCUCCCUACUACGCUUCACGCGGGGAGCAAUGUUCAAUCGGGUUGACAAAAAA